AUGGAUAGAGAAGUUCACAACCAUGAGAGGGAUGAUGGAAACAAUGCCAUUCCUGGGAGGAGGGUUCUUGGUUCAUACAUAAACCCAACCUCUGGGAAUUGUGGUAGUAGCAUUCAGAAACCACCCAUUCAGGCCAACAAUUUUGAACUCAAACCACAGCUAAUAUCGUUGGUGGAGAAUCAUUGUUCAUUUGAUGGGAGUGCUAAUGAAGAUCCAAACCAACAUCUCACCAAAUUCUUGAGAAUUUGCGACACUGUGAAGUCCAAUAGAGUCCAGGAUGAUGCCUAUAAACUGCUCUUGUUUCCAUUUUCACUUAGGGACAAGGCAGCUAAGUGGCUAGAAUCAUUCCCAAGGGACAGCCUAACAACCUGGGAUGAGGUGGAGAGCAAGUUCCUGGCACGUUUCUACCCACCACAAAGGGUCAAUAGACUUCGAUCUGAGGUUCAAACUUUUAGACAAAAAGAUGGUGAGACACUCUACGAAGCAUGGGAGAGGUUCAAAGAAUUGACAAGGAAAUGCCCACCUAACAUGUUCCCUGAUUGGGCUGUAGACCAUUCAUCAGGAGACUCAUUGAACAGGAAAAAGACUGUGGAAGAAGCCAUUGAAGUGAUUGAGACAGUGGCUGAGAAUGAGUACUACUAUGCUUCAGAAAGGCACAACACUAAAGGAGUCAUGGAGCUGAACCAUGUUGAUGCAAUUCUAGCCCAAAACAAGGUGUUUGCCAAGCAACUAGCAGAGCUUACCAGGAAGUUAGACACAAAACAAGUGGCUGUAAUACACACACAAGAUCAAGAAGAAGAAGGAGGUGAUUGGGAAGAGGCCAAUUAUGUGGGAAACCAACAAAGGAUAGAGAGAAGGUUAGUAAACAUGGGUCAGGACAUAAGUGAGUUGAAAAGCUUUAGGGAUGAUGUGAGAUCGACCUUAAGGAACCAUGGCGAAAAACUCAAGUGGAUGGAGGCUCGAGUAGGAGAACUAUCUCAACAGGCCCCCAAGUCAACUGCAGUAUUCCCUAGUGACACAGAAAAGAAUCCUAAAGGGGAACAAAAGGGAGUGAGAUGGGAAGAAUGCAAGGCCAUAACCAUAUUGAAGGAAGUCUCAAAAGAAGAAGGAAUCAGAUCCUCAGAAAAGGAGUCAGACAUCUUGAAAGAAGGUGUAGAAGAAGCUAAGCAGGAAGUUGAAAAUGAGCAAGCUAAGGAUAUGCAAAAGGAAGGCACGCUGGAAACAUACAAACCAAAGGCACCAUUUCCUCAGAGGUUAGGAGGAGGUGAAAAAGGGAAAACAUAUUCAAGGUUCCUAGAGACAUUUAAGUCUCUCCACAUCAAUAUUCCCUUUCUUGAUAUCCUCCAGCAGAUGCCUACACAUAUAAAGUAUUUGAAGGAAUUGCUGAGCAAGAAAAAAGUUUUGAAGGGAGGACAAACUGUAAUAAUGAACAAGGAAUGCAGUGCACUCAUCAAGAAGGAUAUGCUCAUUUUCCAUGUUUUCAAACCUGCAUCUGAGCCUGAACCAGAACCUGAAAAGCCUAAGGAUGAUAGUAGCCAUCUGUGUUUGGAGGAAAGCAAUCCAGCAGCUGAAACUCUGAAACAGCCCUUGGAAGGCAAACAAGAUUUGCAAGAGUUAAAGCCACAAGAAUAA